GUGUGAUGUUUCGAAAUGUGCCGUCACAUUGUUUUUGGUCUGCUACUGAUCACACAAAAUAGAUGUGUGACCGUUACGUCCUUAAAGGGAGGAGAAGCCAGUGUGGUCACACACGACGCGAGGAGAACAAAAAAUGCGAACAAUUCUAAGAAGGGGAGGGAAGGGGUACCUUUUGUCUAAAUAUAGUAACUGAGUUAUUCUUGACUCGAGGCCUGAUUGUGGUAUUUCAUUUAAAUUUAGAUCAUUGAUUGUGUGGGCUUGUUCGUCACGAUCAUCGGAAAGCUAUCGUAAACAAAUUUUAUCAGAUGCUAUGUUUAGGACUGGCUACGAAAGCAAAUUUGACUUCUUUGAAUUUUUCAUACUGCUGAGAGCUGUUGCUACAGGUAUAGAAAUCUACACGUCAAGAUCAGCGUUGACACUGGUUGUUACAGACGCGAAAAAUCGAGGCUGGAAGACUGAUUUGUACCUGUGACGUACAUCGGAAAGCAACCCUUCAAUCUCGAUUCUGCCAUCAUGACUGUGGGAUGGAAAACCCUAGAUGUUGGUGAAAAGGCUCUCAUCUAUAGCAAAGAUGGCAGCUACAGGGUUGAAGAAGGACCUCAGAGAAUAUUUCUCUUCCGUGAGACUUUCAGGUCAAUGUCUUCUUAUUCAGCCAGCCAAAAGGAAUACCUUGUGGUUAAGUUCAAGGAUGGAAGAGUUCAGAAUCUCAGAGGGCCAUGCACUGCACACUUUAACGAGGUGAUCCACUUGUCAAUCAAGGUCAAGGACAUGGUGUCACUGAGUGCAAAUGAGGCUUUAGUUGUUUACAAACAAGACGACGCAACAAAAAAUGUGUUGCGGGAUGUACUGCUGGGGCCUUCAUUAAUCAUGCUCAAUGAAAAUGAAUGGCUCCAUUCAUUCUGCUGGCAUGGCACUGACCCAAACAACAAGACAAGAAUGGUGCGAGGGAUUGACCAGUUCACUGUUCUCAAGAUCAUCCCAGAUCAGUUUUAUUACAAUGUUGAUGAAGUGAGGACAGCUGAUGAUGCCUUGCUCAGAGUGAAACUCAUGAUGUUUUACGAACUGACAGACAUUGAGGAAAUGCUCAACACAACUAAAGAUCCUAUUGCAGAUUUUAUCAAUUGUCUGUGUGCCGAUGUCAUCACCUUUGCAUCAAAGAAAACCUAUGAAGAAUUUAUUGAGACAGCAAGUGAACUGAAUGACUUGAAGAACUUUCCACAACUUACUGAGCGAUGUGCAGUGAUUGGCUACGUUGUGACGAAAGUAGCGUUCCGCGGAUAUUUUGCCCAUGACAAGCUGCAAAAGAUGCAUGACAUGAUGAGUAAGAAGCGGACAGAGCUCCAGAUGAAGUACGAGAAAGAAGUUCAGGAGCAAUCACUGAAGGACUUGAAGCUGGAAGCGGAAAUUGAGAGGCUGGAACAAGAACAAGAAUUGGAACUUCAAAAGCUGAUUCACAAUCAGAAAAUGGAAAUAGAUUCUCUGAAACACAAGCUGGAGCUAGAGAAGACCAGCAGACUUCGACUCAUAGAAGAAAAGACUCUGGAGGAUAAAGCCAAAUUGAAUGCACAAAUAGCAAAGGAGCAGCUGGAGGCAGAGCACCUACACAGUUUACACGGUCUGGGAGUCAACAUCACCGACCUUCUCGUGUCUCGUGCUGGCCGUCCAGAAAAAGUCACCAGUAUCGUGGCGUCUAAGGGCGGCGCUGCAGUGCACAUACACCACAACGAUCUGGCACUGAGCGGUAAUGUGCUGAGGACUGGAGAGACGGCAAAGCCUUCGGAGACCCUGUUGUAAAAAGCUGCAAUUUCUUAUACUACAGUAUAACACAGAUAGGUCGAACAUAGAAAUUUCUAAAUCAUGCGUCCAUCCAAUUGUGCCUGCGGUCCCAUUUAUUUUUCUUCUCUAUCUUUGUAAGAAAAUUACGCAAAGCUCGAACACAAACACAGAAUAGUUGAAUUAAUUACCGCACCAUAGAGGUCUAAAGUCUAUGUCCUUUGAGGUCACUUGAGACAAAAUAAUUAUUAUAAUUAUUUUUUUUACGGAAAAAGGCAAGGUCGGGAAAAUACCACCUUCACUCCUCUACAGAAGCAGCUAGCUGUUCUAUUUAUAGUGCACUGCUCGACACACAUGCCCAAUGAUUAUCUAGCUAGGCUUGUGUGGAGGGGGCGAGAGGAAGGGUUGUGCAUCACAUGACCUAUUGUUUUGCCCCUAAAGUUGCAAUCUUUGUUGCUUCCCUUGAUUCUCUGACACAGUCGAUGCCAUAACACUGUUCACGUAUCCCUGGAACUACCAAGGCCGGUCCUGACGAAUUGGAGCUAUCUGUGUUAUACUGUAUGUUGUUUAGUUUACAAGUGUUGUUGUGCAAUCUAAGAAAUAUAUAGACAGUGCUGUGCUGGUUCAUGGCUGUUUUUAUUAGUAUUUUUUAUUGUUUUUUGUAAAGGCAUUUACCCUUGAUGUAAACAGGCUCUUCUACAAUUUUGUAUUUCCUCUAAGAGUCUCAUCCAACUGAUUCUUCUUCUUCUUCACCUUUUUUCAUUUGCGUGCUAGAUCUCAGGGGUAGUGGAGUGCUGAUUCUUCAACCUGCAGUGCAACUGAUUUUUAAGUAUGUGACCGUUUAUCUUCAUUUGUAGGGCCUUCAGACAGCCACAUUCCAAUUUUGAAGGUACUCAAUAUAAUUAUGUAAGAUCAGGGGUGUGGCUGAAAGACAGCAGUAAGAAGGAGCUAGGUAACAGUAAAAAGAGUAAUGAGUGAAGGAGAGAGGAGCCUAGAGGAGGCUGGGGGUGGUGGAAGAAAGUGGAGAAGAAAGUGGAGAAGAAAGGGGAGAUGAAAGUAUCAUAUAAUAUGACAGAACCGGACUAGAGAACAGGGAAAAAAGUUAAAUUUUUAGAGAAGAAAAUGCGUUGCAUCGUUAUGAAAUCGAGCAUUUAUCAAAAUAAUCAAAUUGAAGAAACUGGCAUUUUCCACCCGUUUGGUAAUUUUCAUCAAACUUUUAG